AAAAUGACGCGUCAAAUUCUCUACAAUUUGACGAGACCUCUUAUUAGCGCAAAAAGUUUUUAUAUCAAAAAACAACAAAAUACAUUUUCACGGAAUUUUAUAAAUCCUAAUUUAUCAAGUCAAUCACAUUUUGCCCCUAGAGGCCAGGCUUUGAUUCCGUUUGUAGUCGAACAAUCGUCUAGAGGAGAACGUUCUUAUGACAUAUUCUCCAGGCUUUUAAAAGAAAGAAUUGUGUGUUUAAAUGGUCACAUAGAAGACAGUGUUGCGGCCGUAGUGGUUGCUCAAUUGUUAUUUCUCGAAGCCGAAAAUCCAGAAAAACCCAUCAGUUUAUAUAUUAACAGUCCUGGUGGCAGUGUCACUGCUGGAAUGGCUAUUUAUGAUACUAUUCAGUAUAUCCAAUCACCAGUAUCAACACUUUGUAACGGUCAAGCGUGUUCAAUGGGCUCGCUACUUUUGGCAUCUGGCGAACCGGGAAAACGCUAUGCGUUACCGAAUUCGAGUAUAAUGAUUCAUCAACCAAUCGGUGGUAUUUCAGGUCAAGCAAGUGAUAUUGCUAUUCACGCGAAAGAAAUACUGAGGGUGAGAGAGCGAUUAAAUAAAAUAUAUCAGAAGCACACUAAUAAGCAUACUUUGGACGAAAUCGAAAAAGCAGUGGAGAGGGAUCACUACAUGACUGCAGAGGAAGCAUUAGAGUUUGGAUUGAUAGAUAGAGUUUUAGAAAAAAGGGAGGUUAAGCCAGCUGAACCAACCAUUUAA